CAGUCCAACUGCAUGUAAACAACUAGUUCCCGUCUGUGCUUCAUAUCGUCUCAGAUCAAUCCCAAUAUGGCAUCUGCAAAGCUCUUGAGGACUUUUGGUCCAUACACUGCGCCAGGAAAGUUGAAGAUUUCGGAGCUUUUCUUCAGUGUUCCUAAGGAUUAUGCGCGGCCUAAAGACGGCACUUUGCAGCUUUUUGCAAGAAGCGUGAGGCUUGCUGAGGUAAAUGCAGAUCUAAAGGACGAGAAAGAAAAGCAAUUGCCAUGGAUGGUGUAUUUACAAGGUGGCCCCGGCUUCGAAUGUAGCUCCCCUCAAAACUACUAUUCCUUUGUCAAGCCCAUACUGGACAAAGGCUAUCAGAUCCUGUUUCUCGACCAGCGUGGCACUGGCUUAAGCAGCCCGAUAAGUGCAGCGACGCUUGCACAAAAAGGAAAUGCACAAGAGCAAGCCAAUUACCUAAAGUUUUUCCGGGCGGACAACAUAGUUGCCGACUGUGAAGCUAUUCGAGAGGUUCUCACGGCUUACUAUCCAAAGGGUAAAAAGCAAUGGAGUCUUAUGAGUCAAAGCUUCGGAGGUUUCUGCGCCAUUUGUUACCUUUCCAAAUACCCGGCGUCUCUGAGAGAAGUUUUCACUUGCGGUGGACUUCCGCCGCUGGUCAGACAGCCGGAUGACGUCUACAGACACACAUAUAAAAAGGUCAUUCAACGCAAUCAGGCAUAUUAUAAAAAAUAUCCAGAAGACAUCGAGAGGGUGAAAAGACUUGUGCAAUACUUCGCCGAUCACUCGCCAAAGCUACCUUCUGGUGGACAUCUCUCUGUCUUGAGGUUUCGGCAGUUUGGUCUUGCGUUUGGCACUCAUGGCGGCAUAGAUGUUGUACAUGAGAUUGUGCUCCGUGCGUAUUACGAGCUUGAAAAUCUCGGGUUUCUGACUGUAUCCACCCUGACUACGAUUGACGGUUACUUCCAUUUCGACCAAAAUGUCUUGUAUUCUAUUCUCCAUGAGAGCAUCUACUGUCAAGGAAUGGCCUCAGAGUGGUCUGCAAGCCGCAUAGCUACUGAAUUUCCCCAAUUUCGAAGCGAAGAACUGAAAGAAGAGCCUUUCUUCUUCACAGGUGAAAUGAUCUUUCCUGGGAUGUUCGAUGAUUAUGCCCAACUGGUGCCUCUCAAGGAGGCUGCUAACCUAAUUGCUGAAAAGAUGGACUGGCCGUUCCUUUACGAUGAGAAUCAAUUGCGUAAGAACACUGUACCAGUCUAUGCAGUAGUCUUUGUCGAUGACAUGUACGUGGACUUUGAUUUGUCUCGAGAAACGGCCUCCAAGAUUGGCAAUUGCAAGCAGUAUAUCACGAAUGCCAUCUACCACGACGGGAUUAGGAGCAAGUCGGAGGAUGUCAUCAAGCAACUGUUCGCGCUUCGCGAUGACGUCCUGGAUUAAGCUACUCUGAGCAGGACGCGAUAGCAAGGAGAUUCCAAAUUUCUCGUUGGGAAGAAAAUAACCACUCUGGACAACAUGCACUCAUCGAGGGGCCAGCCAAGGUCUCGUAUGAGAAGCAGAGAGCCCAUUGUCGAGAUGAAAAGGCACAAUCAAUGGAGCUAUACAAUUAAUCACAUAAUUUAGAAAAGAAUCAGAUAGUGUGUAAACUAGAC